AUGGAACUGGAGAUUCACGAAUCCUCCUCCAAAUUGAGUUCCAAGAGUAUGAAAGGAGAGGUUGCAGAAGGAAAAAAGCGUUACUGCAAGGAAUGUACCGCUAAAUUUCCAAGAGAUCGGCGGCUCAGGCUGUCUCCUAGCACGGCCAUACGGUUCUACGACGUCCAAGACCGGCUUGGCUAUGAGCGACCCAGUGAGGCCAUUGAUUGGCUAAUGGAGAAGGCAAAAGUAGCCAUUGAAGCACUUGCUGAUUCACCAACCCAAAAUCAGGAUGCUACAGGGAAAAACAGAAAUUUUCAGCUUCAGGAUUUUGGGUAUGAUUAUCAGAAUCAACAGCAUAUGCAUGACUGCCCCAUUAACAGUUUGAGCUUAAUCUCAGAGGAACAAGAACCAGUUCUUGAUUCUACUCCAAUUAAUUUUGCUGAACAAGCUGUCAGUUCAGCAACCUGUUUAUCAGAUUUCAAUGCUACAGAGAUGGGUUGGUUUCAGAUGCUGUCUCGGAACUCUGAAGAAGAAGAAGAGUUUGUCUUCAAUGCCAUGCCACAAUCACCACAACCUGUGGUAUGCCAAAACCAGCACAACGCAUCUAAUGGGUCGUCCUCCAAUUGCUCUCCCUUUCACUACUGA